GAUUUGAGUUCAGUCCUUGUUUUUCUUGUCCACAGUUGGCAAAAAAGUCAUCCCCGUCGCCGUCUCCCUAUUUUUUUCUUCAAUACCAUGCCAAACGUUGAUGCUUUGCUGACACCACGCCAGCUGUACGGCGGUGCAAUGACGAUCAGCCUGCCCGACAAGUUUGCCGACGUGAGUGGCAUGCGGCAAAUCCCAGACCACCAGGAGGUGUUUGUCAACCAGGCGAACGACCAGAGCUUCAUGGUCGACCUUCUGCAGUACCAGUCGCACGUGCAAGGCGCCGACGCUGCACGAUUUCACUUCAAUGAAAUUGCCGAGUGCAAUAACGCUGUCGACAAGAGCACCGUCACCGAGAUUGUCGCUCUCGCACCCGACGAUAUUCCUGGACUCGACCCCUUGCUCGAAAAGUGGCUGCUGUGCGGUCAGCAAGCUGUCGCCAAGUACAAGGAGGAGGACAAGGACGGAGAUGCAGCACGAAAUGCCGUCAUGAUCUACCUGCUGCUCGUGCGCCUGCCAGCGUUUACCACUGACAUUGUUGUAACCUUCAACGAUCCUGUAUUUAUCAGCCAAACCAGCAGCAGCAUGCCGCACUCGACCGACACUGACCAGUUUCUCGGCGAGCGCAUGCAACUGCCGCUCUUCAAACUCGCCCUCCGCUCCCUCGCCAUCAACGACUAUGGUCUUUUCGGCCAGGAUGAGGCUGAUGACGAUUCUUCCAUGCAGUCGUGAAUUUGUCAGACAAUCGGCGAGCAAUAAAUCAGCUGUAUUCUUAGUC